UCUUCCCGGAAGUGAUUCAGCUUUCUCUCGCGUCUCCGAGGUGGACGUUGGACAGAGACAGGAGUCGUCGCCAUAAGGAUCGGGAAUGGUGAGGCAGUGCUGGAUUGGUGCCUGGGAUCAGUGAUGGACUGGAUGUGGGCCAGUGAACUGAAGCUCAAUCUUGACAAAACUGAGACGUGCUGGAUUCCAGACUGAUGGCGUCGGGCACAGCGAGCCGUUCUGAAGACGAAGAGUCUCUGGCAGGACAAAAAAGGAGCUCAUCGCAGGUGUCGGGAGCCAUUCCGAAACGGCGCAGUUCUUCCAGGUUCAUCAAGCGAAAGAAGUUUGAUGAUGAGCUGGUAGAGAGCAGCCUUGCCAAAUCAUCCAGCCGGGCCAAGGGCCCUAGUGGGGUGGAGCCCGGGCGCUGCUCCGGCAGCGAGCCCUCUUCCAGUGAGAAGAAGAAGGUGUCCAAAUCCAUCUCUGCGCCUGUCACUCCGAGCCCGGCUCCAAACCCCAGCCUCGCCAAGCGGAUGAAGAAGAGCAAGCAGCCCUUGCAGGUCACCAAGGAUUUGGGCCGCUGGAAACCCACUGAUGACCUGUUGCUGAUCAAUGCGGUGCUUCAGACCAAUGACUUGACCUCUGUGCACCUGGGGGUGAAGUUCAGCUGUCGUUUUAACAUACGGGAAAUCCAGGAGAGGUGGUAUGCUCUGCUCUACGACCCCGUGAUCUCCAAGCUGUCCUGCCAGGCCAUGCGGCAGCUGCAUCCCGAAGCCAUUGCCUCUAUGCAGAGCAAAGUGCUGUUCAGCAAAGCGGAGGAGCAGCUGCUAAGCAAAGUCGGCUCGACCAGCCAGCCCACUCUGGAUACGUUCCAGGACCUGCUGCACAAACACCCUGAGGUUUUCUACCCCUCGCGCACUGCCAAAGUCCUGCAGACGCACUGGCAACUCAUGAAGCAGUACUACCUCCUGGAUGAUCAGACAGUGCAGCCACUGCCCAAAGGAGACCAGGUGCUCAACUUCUCCGAUGCUGAAGACAUGAUAGACGACAGCAAGCUGAAGGAUGUACGAGAUGAGGUGUUGGAGCAUGAGCUGACUGUGGCAGACCGGAGACAGAAGCGUGAAAUCCGGCAGCUGGAGCAAGAGCUGCACAAAUGGCAGGUGCUGGUGGAUAGUAUCACAGGAAUGAGCUCUCCUGAUUUUGAUAACCAGACGUUGGCUGUGCUGCGUGGAAGGAUGGUGCGCUAUCUCAUGCGCUCUCGGGAGAUCACCCUUGGCAGAGCCACCAAAGACAACCAGAUCGAUGUCGAUCUAGCAUUGGAGGGGCCAGCCUGGAAAAUAUCUCGCAAGCAAGGUGUCAUCAAGCUGAAGAACAACGGCGACUUCUUCCUAGCAAACGAAGGCCGGCGGCCCAUUUAUGUGGACGGGCGCCCUGUGCUUUGCGGCAGCAAAUGGAAACUCAGCAACAACUCGGUGGUUGAGAUUGCUAGCUUACGCUUUGUCUUCCUCAUCAACCAAGACCUGAUUGCGCUUAUCAAGGCAGAGGCUGCCAAAAUCGCCCAGCCCUGAGGCUUGGAUCAAACCAAAGGCAUCAAUGGACCUGUGUUGUGGGAGUCCCCACCUUACUCACUCUGCCAGCAGGGACCACCUUGCUCUCUGCUGCUGAUGCAGCUUCAUGCAGCCUGCCCACCUAUAGGCUAGGACUGAAAUCUCUCAGUGGCCUUUUCUUCUGUGGAGGAUGAGCCCUGCUUCACCGAUCAGCAAAUAUAUAUUUCAGAGAGGAAGAGAGGCAGGCCUAAACAGAGCCUUCUAGUCGACUAAAGCACCUGCUGUGGGUGUCCCUAGUCGUGUGGGAAGGGGCUGUGCUGCUUCUAUACUUCUAUUGUGCUUGAUUCUCUUUGGGAUAGAGUGACAGAAUCGUCCAUGGAGAAUUCAGGGAGGGGAAAUGGUGAGAGUUAUUGUCGAGUGAGCUAAUAAAAUAGAUAUCAAUCUCAA